AUGAUACCGCAUUCUUCUGCCGGCGGCCAACCAUGGGGCCACCCGAUGCGACCACUCAAUAGUGGCUCCGGAAGAGUCGACUUGGUACAAAUGCCUACUCAAUAUGACCCCUCGUCGGUGACCUCACAAACGCCCUUGCUGCCGUCCCAGUCGCAGUCCCAGCUGCAAUCGCAAACACACGCAACCCACGCAACCCACGCAACCCAAUCGGCCGUGGUCGACCUGACCAUCAACACAUAUGAUCCGAACGAUAAGGAACCCCCACCCAAACGACCAAGAUUGGAUAUAUCGGGUGCAUCCAAGGCUAGCGAUGCAGGUUCAUCCGCUAAAGGUGGAGAUGCGAGGAAUACACCGGCCAGCGCCAGUUCACGGUCCCAGCCGUCGUGGCGUGGCCGACCCAUGUGGUCUUUCCAGGCGGUCAUGUCAGAAAUUCCAGGUAGUGCGGCGGGAUCUCGACCAUCAUCACCACCCCCACUCCCUACCCAGCCUUGGAGUGAUUCCCCUUCCCAUCUACUAGACGGAGGUUCAAGCCGGGAAACAUCCGCGGAUAAGAAAGUUCAAACCACCCCAUUUCGUAUUGUGAUCCCUUCUGUGGCCCCGGCAAUUCAAGGUGAAAAAGUCGCGGAUUUCACUCCAUGGACCGGGAACCACCCAGAGGAUGUAUUGAAUGAGCAAGCAGCGAAACAAGGCUAUUAUAGUCGAACCCAGGUCUCCCAAAACGAAUCCAACACCGCUCGACCUGCAUUGUAUGGACAAUUGAAACACCGCACAGGGCUCCAAAUGCUCUCGACCGUCUUUUCUGCUGCACUGGAGAAACGUCAAAACCACAAUACCGUUCAUGCACCAUCUAGUUUCAAGCCACCACCGAGAGUGACGCUCACCGAUAAUAAGCGAGAGACCUGGCUUCGAGAUCUUGCAAAUCCAUCCGUGCCAUUGCGCCGGCUGAGCCGAACCAUUCCUCAUGGUAUCCGAGGUAAAGGCCUUCUGGACCAAUGCCUGGGAAAGUGGAUUCCGGUUGCACGGGCAGUUUGGCUGGCAAAGUGUGUCGGUGCCAAUGAAAUUCGCGCCUUCAAGCGGAAGGGAACGAGCGGUGCUCUGACUGUGGGGUUGGAAGCGAAAUGGGUGCGAGACUGGACGACGAACGUUCAGCAAUUUACUGAAGCUGUAUUCAGCGCACCCAAGUCCUCUGACUGGAAACCAAAGAUGACCUAUGCAGUUGAAUUGACUGCCCGCUUGUUUUUUGAGAAUCUCCUCGAUCACGAUCACUUCAUCGAGUGGUUCCUGUCUUCCUUCGAAGGCGCAGCAAUUGGCACGAUUCCUGUCUGGCUUUUGAUGCUUAAUAUUUACUGGAACAACAUCAUGCGGUAUCGACGCAGAGGACGACGGCUGGCCGAACUUUUGCUCGAUAAAUUGCGUCAGGCUACAGAGGCCAAGCGAGAACCCUUCAACCCCCUGAUUGAGCGACUUUCCCGUUUUAUAAAGAAAAUGGUUCGGGGACAUACUUCAUCAUUGCUUUUACCAAAUUCAUGGGAAAAAUACAAAAGCCUGGUAAUCUCGUGUCUUGAUCUCACAGACCACGUCGACCGAGCCCUGUUGCAAAACCUCAUCGAACGUAAUGCACGAGUACAGAGGCCUAGCCAUCCUAAACAAACGCCGCAGCGCUCCCCGAACCAACGCAUUAUCCGCCUUCUUGAUUCGAUUCUCUCUGGAUACGACAUCAAUUCAGUCUCGUCUGCGUGUUUGGAAGCCGUUGAUGAUAGAGCGGUCUUGGUCUCGAAGUUGCUUGAAUGGCUUUCCACUCCAUUCCGUCACGGGACUUAUCGAGUUUACGCUGGUGCUCGUCUGUUGCGAAAAUGGAAGGCCGCGGGGGUAGAUAUUGAUGAUCAUAUCCUCACUUUCCUUACCCAAACUGGACGUACCAAGAAGUCGGACAUGGAGAAUGUAUACCAUACAAUCUCUGAGCUUGUCAGAUCGCAAACUUUCUCCGUGGGUCGAUAUCUGCAGUGGCUAAUGGCCAAAGAUGUCACAAGCCAUGUCUCUUCCUACCAGAAAUCAAUGCCCGAUUGUCAUUUCGAUAUUGCAUUGAUAGCACAGCUUCCUGUUGGCCGUCUCCCUGACCAUGUUGGCAAUCUACGUAGCACCUUACUGGCCCGUACUGGAUUCUCUGCUGAACAUGAAUCUAUUGUGACUGCCCAUUUGAAACAAGCAAUCUGCCGACGUCUCCCCGGGAUUUUUGGUGUACUUUCUCAGAAUGAAAUGACGUCUAACUCAUUGUCAAUCGAUAUGACCUCCAUUGAUCUGACCUGGGCUGUGAAGGCGGAUAUAGGUCAGUGGCUCCGACGGAGCGUUGCUGAACAUUCUCGCGAUGUCACUGGUUCAACCAUCCGACCAUCAUUUCUUGUUGGUGGUGUCCCGUCAGUGUCAAUACUUACACCGGAUGAAUUUUACAUUGUCCGUGAGAUUCUCGAAACCCUUGAGGAUGUCUCCAUGUUAGCGGAUGUUUUGAAGUGUGCUUCAACCUCUAAUGAUUGUGUUGUUCUUGCAUCGGUUGCCGAUACCACAAAUUAUCACUUUGACUCACUCAGCGUGAUGGGAGCAACCUCGGAUCUGUUCCGUAAGCUGAUUGAUACAUACGCUAUCAUCAAACGAUUCAGUACACCGAGUCUGGAUUUGAUGUUUUCGUUGAUCGAACUUGGUUUGCGUAUUCCUCGUGAAUGCAACACAGUUCUGAUCCUUCGUCAAGACCUUGCGCGUCUGGGAAACAAGGCUAUUUUGGCCGCAUCAUCUCCAGUCUCCGACCACAUCCCCGACUCUUUUGGCGAUACAGUUUCUUUGUUCCGAGAGAAGUUAGAUCAUCUUUUACUGUCCGGGAAUGUGAUGGAUGAGCCCACGCUGGAUACCAUAUUCCACACCUUGACUAAGCAGUUGGAAUCUCAACUCGGUAAGGCGAAGUUGUCAGCAAACGAUACUUGUCAGUACUUGGCGCAGUUGCGAUCCUUUCAGCCAAAGCAUUUUGAUGGGAUAUUGAUUCGCUGGGUCUGCAUCCAUCUACGGUCCUCUGAUCGUUCCACUCUGCUACGUGUACUUCCCUCUCUUAUCGGGGUUGGAUGUGUUGCAAUUCCAUCUUUCCUGGCCCUUGUGAGAAGGCUUAGUUACUCCACAUCUCCACUCCCCAACUCCGAAAAUCUGCCAGACGAACUUGUUGAUCUUGCUCUUGCCGUCCCACCAGAAGACAGAUACUCCGAUAUAUAUUCUCCUCCAACUAAAGACAGGUUCCGUGAUCUGAUCUCCUACCGAUACCACCUGUCACAGCAGGAGUUUUUGGCCAAGAGCUUUGACGAGGUUCUUGAAAUCGUCGGCGACGCCGCCUCAGCUGUCGACAUGAACGAUGUACGCAACAAAGACCGGCAAGCUUCUCUUGUGAUGAUUUUGCGUGAACUUCUCGUGCGAAACCCCGGCUGCGUGGAGCAGAGUUGCAUGAAGAAGCUCGUCAAUCGGUACCCGAACGCCAUUGGUAUGCUCCGAACAGCACUCGACACCUUGCUAGGCGGCGACCUACAAAAAGAGACCUCAUCUGUCAUUUCGCAAGUCGACAAGCUGGCCAACACCACCGACGACUUUUCUCUCCCCUUCUGUCAAUUGAAGCUUCAGAUUCUAUUUCACCAAGACUCAGGGAAUGAAGAUCGGAACGGUAUCGCAAACGCAAUGUUCAAAACCGUUGUAGCCAAUACUCGCGCUCAUAACUUUCACUGGGUGGAUCUUGUCGCGCUCAUGAGCCCAGAUGCCGUUCGCCAGAUUCGCGAACAUGCAGAAAAAGAACUUUUCUCUAUUCCAGUACUGGGAGAAUCACCGAGUAAUCCUUUGGCAGCCUCACAAAGCUUAGCAUCCUUCGAAACCGCCAAAUUGUACAUCAGGAUCAUUGAGGAGCUUGCCGGUAACAUCUCCGAUACUGCAACUCCCUGGGUUGUUUCUGUCCUCGUGGAGAAAAUGGAGAGCCUUUUGCAGAAGAUCCUCACCGUGCAAAGCGAUGAUCGAUCUGGUGGCAUACCUAUUCAAGGGCGGGCGAACUUCGAGCGCUCUCUUGCCUUCUGGUUUUCGGCUCUACUGAGGAUGGUCGUUAUACACCGUACCUCGUUCGUACAGCCACCCGGUUCUAGAGUCAAUGUCUCCCAUGAGCCAUCUAGGUUGUUGGUCUCCAUAUUCUGCAUAGCGCUCUCUCGCUUUCCCAGCGAUGCCCUACGUCUUUUUCCAGGUGCAGACUAUUUUCCCCGUGCGGGAUCGUCUGAAAAUUAUCACCCUUGUCCGGGCAUUUUGUUGCAAACCCAUGCCCUAGACGUUGCUGCGUCUUUAAUUGACGUGUUCCCCGACGAAAUAAGACAUCACUGCUGCCGCUUCCUGAGGGAGAAGUGCUCAAUGCUUGGUUUGCAGAGCGACGACCGAUUUCUUUACCUUCUAGGUCCGAUGGGAGACUCUGCAAUGCCCCAACUUGUUCAAUCGGCACCGGCACCAUCCCCAGCUGCAGGAUCUACCCCAACAUCCAAUUUCCCUGCUCCUACUACUGGUCCUGCUCAUUCGUCACAACCCGCCACUAUGCACCCAAAUCCCCAUGCUGGUGCAGGUGAAAGAAUCAGCUCUACGGCGAAUCGGCUUCGUCUUCAACAACGUGGACGCACUGUUGGGCCAUAUCCAAACCGUCCUUGGGAACUUUUGGAAGACGCGGCACCUUUUGUAGGUGUCAACGACACCGCUGUAAAUCUGGGCUACUUUGAUGCCCGACGCAUUCGACUUUGA